UUUUAGAUAAAUAAGAAUGUUUUCUUCAAUAUAUGAUUUUUAUAAAAGACAUAGGAAAAAAAUUAUAUUUACUGGUAUAUUUGUUGGAAGCACAUAUGCCAUUACCAAGCUUGUAUCGUGGAAAUUCAAUGAAUGGGCUGAGCUAAAAGUGAAGGAAAUGGAACAAGAAGCAAAAAAACAAUAUUUGUUUGAAUCCAAUCAAAGGACAUGCACAGCAACAUUUCUUUCUUUUUUGCCUGAUGUACAAGAAGUCAUAACAUCUAAAACUAAUCUAGAUCAGUUUCUAGAAAUUCUGAAAUUAAAUCCAGCUAACAAAAUUGAAAUUUGGGAAAAUAUAAAAAUUUUAAGUAUGGCUCAAAUGAUUGCUUCUGUUCUUUCGAAUAUAUUACUUCUGGUGCUUUUAAAAGUUCAAUUAAAUAUAAUUGGUGGUUACAUGUUUGUCACUAUGAUGUAUGACAAAGAAAUGGAUGUUAGUGAUAUUCAAAAACGUUAUUUAAGCAAUGUAAAGGUUUUCAUUGAACAGAGAUUACCGUUAUUGGUUGAUGAUGUUAUCCUUAGUGUUAAAGAAAUUAUUGGCAGCGUUUCUUUAAAAGAAAAGAUUUCAUUUUUGAAACUUCAAAGUCUCACAGAAAAUGUUAUUGAGAAAUUAAAGUCGAAUCAUUUAAAAAAAUCAGUCAAUUUUUCUCAUCCUUUUUCCUGGUAUUUGAUAAACAACGAAACAUCAAAUACAGAGGAACGUUAUAGAAGGCUUAUGUUCCAAACUAAUGAGACUUUAAGUGGUGAUAGUUGUGCUUUGGUUUUGGAGGACUGCAUUUCUUCUGGUUUGCAAAGCAUUCUUAAUAAUUUAAAGGAUGUCUUUUUUGGAUAUGAAGAAGACCCUGAAGCAAUUACUUCUAUUGAAUCAUGUGCACAUACUUCCUUUUUCAAAGAAAUUGAACUUCCAAUGGCAAAGAUUACACCUUUACUCAACCAACAACUCCACCAGAUAUUUAAAUCUGGUCAGAACAAUUUUCUUGAUUCUGUUUUUUCACAGAGUUCACUACAUGACUUUUCAUCUAAUAUCUUUGAUGCAUUUAGCAGGGUAUAUAAUUGAAUUUCUCAGAAUAAAAAGUUUUAAAUAUUUUAAUUGGACAAAAAAUUUAUGCAAGCAAUAAGAAUCAUACUCCAUAUGAAUGCAUGCAAAUAAAGAUGCACAAUUUUCAUUCUGAAAAUGUGUUUUCAAGAUUAUCAAGUCGGUUGUUUAUUAUAUACUGACUAUAUAGUUUUUUAUUUAUUUUCAUUUUAUUGUUGUUGUUUUUUAUAUCUAAUGUUUUUAAA